GUUUAACAAAUAAACAAACAAACCUAACCUCGAAGUUGACGAUGACAAACGUUUAUUUUCAAACAAAAAUUUCGAUAAAUUCCCAGUGAAUAUCUCUCAAUCAUGGCGACCAGCCUCUUCGGCUGGGAUCUUUUAUAUGGGAGCGUACAAAACGACAUCAAAAACAACAGAGACAUCCUGGUUUGCCUCACCCAUUUGGUGUUGGUCUCAAACGGGUUCAAAUGUAUCGGUCUAGGGGAGAGUAAAACCAUCGACGGUACCGAGCCGAAGAGCGAGACCUUACCGAAAGGCUGGAACGACGACUACACCAUCAGAUACUUGUACCAAGGCAGACUGUACAAUUUAAAUGCAACAAGUUUGGACGAUGGGGUCAUCAUUAAUUUAAUCCGUAUUGAUGAACGCACUGUCAGUUCGGUACAGUUUAAUUUACGCCAAGUAGCCCAGAAAACCGGCACCCUGGAGGAAAUAAUACCCGAUUAUAAAAGUCUCGUGGACCGGAUCAAAGAGGACUUAAUCGAUAAAGUGGUGGUGUCGACAAAGAGCAAGAACGUGUCGAGUCAAACUGAUCCGCCCGCUUCAAGAAGCAAUGUCCCAGAUCCUUUGUAUGAGCCCCCACGUGUACCCGGAGGUUCCGCACCAAUAUCUCCCGUACAGCCUCUGAACCCUUAUGAUUAUGGGCGUUCUGACUUGGAUCCUUUCGGAAUUGAUCCAUUAAGGGUGGGGCCUAGGAUUGGCCCCGGAUUGGGUGGUGGCGGAAUGUUGUUUCAACCACCUACAGGCUUACCAGGUCCAGGUACUAAUCCAGGUAUAGCCCCUGGGUCAUUACCACCUGGGGCACGUUUUGACCCCUUUAGACCCCCGGAAGGACUGCCACGGCCAAGGGGGCCUCAGAGACCCGACAACGACGAUUUCCCCCCACCCGGUUACGACGAUAUGUUUAUGUAAACGCUUUAAGAUAUAAGGUUAAAAUUUUUAUUGGAAUAAUUAUUUAGGAACGGAAUAUAAUACACUUUAUUGAUUUUAAAAAGCCA